ACGGUCGUAAUGUGGUUGUUGAACGUCAAGACUUGGAUGCUGAAGCAGAUCACAAAGGAAAGAGACUGGGCCCGGAAAUAUGCCAUCUUGUCACAUACAUGGACUGACGACGAAGUCGAUUUCCGAGACAUUAAUACCAACCUCAAAGUAGCAACCCAAAAGAAAGGAUAUGCGAAAAUCAAAUAUGCCUGUCGUCAAGCCGACAAGGAUGGUCUUAAAUAUGUCUGGAUUGACACGUGCUGCAUCGACAAGUCCAGCAGCGCAGAGCUUUCGCAGGCUAUCAAUUCAAUGUACAAGUGGUACACUAAUGCCAAAGUGUGCUAUGCUUACCUUUCCGACGUUAAGGUCGCUGGCCCUCGCAAUCCAGCGGAGGAGGAUACGCGCAAGCUUCUGGAGGGAAGUCGAUGGUUUACUCGAAGUUGGACUUUGCAAGAGCUGAUCGCACCUGACCAUGUCAUGUUUUUCGCUCAUGCAUGGCAAUCCAUCGGCACGAAGCACGAAAUGGUCGAUCUUCUCUCGUCAAUCACUGGCAUUGAUGCAGAUGUCUUGACACACCGGCAAGGUCUUCAUUCUAUCAGUGUCGCAAAAAGAAUGUCAUGGGCUGCUCAUCGUCAGAGCUCGCGUGAGGAGGACCAGGCAUACUCGCUUCUUGGCAUCUUUGACGUUCACAUGCCAAUGCUGUACGGUGAAGGCGAGAAGGCCUUCAUACGUCUUCAAGAAGAGAUCGUCCGCACAUCUUUGGAUCACUCCGUGUUCGCUUGGGAGACUUGGACUGAUGUAUUGGCAGGAACCCUGUUUUCGCCUUCUCCUUAUGGCUUCAGGGAUGCUGCUAAGGUCGAGAGCUGGACUGUGCCAGAACGCGACGAGUCUUUUGAGCUAUCGAACAAAGGACUGCGCAUCACACUA